AUGGCAUCGCCUAGAAAAUUCCAUCUCUUCAACUGCGACAGUGUUUAUAAGCUCGACUCCAUCGAAUAUUUGUUGUUGACAACGACAAGCAAUCUUGGCAUUGAUAUAUCUGUGGAGCAACACUAUUUUACGGUUUCCGAGAUAACUGAGUACAGCCAUCAAAAGAUUCCCACACUGGAGAUGGAUGCUGCCAUUUUAGCUGUCAAUGCAAACGAAUCUCGACUCUCCAUCAACGAAAACACAGAGGGAGGCUACACAAAGGUUUACAGAGCUUUGCUUCAAGCGACAGACGGAAACGUGAUUGUUGUUAUCGGUGGUGAUGACAAUUACAGGAACGAAGAGGAAGAGGAAAGAGCCUUCGUCUCGCGUUGGGCAAGAAUGAAGGUACGUUCCCAGUUAAAGGAAGAAUUCCUCGACGGACGAAGAAGUUUCAUCUUUUCAUGGGACAGGAAACACAGAGCAAUUCACGAACAAGCACUGAAACAUUACUUUGAUCCAAACAAGAAAGGACAAAAGUUUGAGUAUGAGCCACCAGGGCGUCUCGAGCCUUCUUUAAGAGAUCCAACGGCUCCGGUAUCACGAGAUACAGAACUUGCACACCAGCCCAGGCUUCAACGCUCCGCCACCCUAAUCGAAGGGAGAAGUAAACAAGAAAUAAUAGACAGGUGGGAUCAGCCAAGUUCCUUGCAAAAAGAUUACACAGUGACAAGGCAAAGAAGUGAGGAUAUUCGCGCUUGUCAGCAACCUAAACUGAACGUACACCCCGAUCCCCUUGCGGCAACCGCUUUUUCGACUUCGGAUUACGGACGCUCAUCACUAGAGAACCGAUCUGAACAGAACAGAGUGCAAAGGGAUACUACCAUGAAGGAAACACGUCUGGUAGAAGAUGUGGCUGCAUAUUCUGAACUGGACAACAAACCACAACAACUGUCAGUACGAACAGAUAGGGUCAUAGAAGGGGAACGUAAAGUGAAAGACUUAGUAGUCCUUGGCUGUGAUGUGUCACCGGCAACAAUGCAGGUUGUGAAAUCAGUAAUCGAUGACCUUCAUCGUAGGAUAAGGCUGCCAGAAUAUCCCCAAGUGGAAAGUUAUUCAUUAGCUGACAUCAAAUCGUACUUAACGAGAUACACUCUUAGGUUCUGUAUUCUAGUGGUGGAUGCCGAUGCGUCUCAUAAAAUCCAGCAGCCUGAGUUGGAAGAACUUCUCAGGACAGCAGCUGAAGUUGUUGUUGAAAAGGUUAUCUUUACAAUAUGCAAUCGAUGCCAUGCUCCUACUGGAGUGGCAGAGAAAUUUGUACAAAACGUUGAGCGUAUGCUUAAAGAGAAAAGAAAGGGCCUUGUCGUUUGGUUGGAGGAUGGAAAACUGAACGUAGAACCCGAUGUCAUGAUACAAUUAAUGCUUGGAGCCCCAAUAGCGGUGAAGAACAGACAAGGACAGAUAAGCCACUCUGGAGAAUCCCUCAGACCAACCAAUGCUGCCUCAGGUUUUUCAUCUGACAGGAGACUGGUUCAUGAGACACCAAAGCACAUGGGGGGGUUUCCAUCACAGGAAUUGCGUCAUAAUCCUACUUCUUAUUCGGGAGGAAAGUACCACACAGUACGACCAGAUGCAUAUUCAGCAGUAGUUAAUGACUACGGAGAAGAAGGCAUGGAUUCUAGCGAUUUUCUUAUGCUCAAAACACGAAUCCGUCAUGGGAGAAUAUCAUAUGCUACCGAAGAUCUUGCGUUUCGUUAUCCUGAUUGGGUAAUUCCGGAAAAGAUAGAGGAAGACUUGAGGUGGAAUUAUUCAACGACAGCUAACGGAGUGCUAAACAUUUAUUCUAACACUAAAGGCGAAUUACGAGCCACCGUACAAACUGAUAGAGCGGUCAUGUGUUUGAUUAUUUAA